GAAGCUGUUGUCGCUAUUAUAUUCGUAAAAUAUCAAUAAAAUUAGGGUUAUUUAGUGUAAAAAUGGCCGAAAAGCCUCCCGAGGAUGGUUAUAUAUCCGUAGUUGACGAGGAGCCAGAGAUAUUAGAGUUAUUAAAGUGGGAUACACCUCAAAUACAGAAGCAAGAAGAACGACCCUGUGAACAGCCUCCAGAAAAGCCAAAAAGUCCCGAGAAAAGAGGUUCUAAGCAAGAAACGGAUCCUUUCGAUCUUGCCGAACCUAAUUUCAUAGAAACCUAUAGGUUAUCGAAAGAUUUAGCGCGUGCUUUGAUUGAUGACUUGAAACCUCUUAUGCCUGAAACUACCAAAACUCCAGAUUUUACUGUUGACUGUAAGAUUUUAGCAGCCAUAUCAUUCUACGCGACAGGCAAAUUCCAGAAGUCUGUAGCAGGCAAAACCGACCCGAACAUAACACAGUAUUUUGUGUCGACUGCAGUAACUCAGGUCACAGAGGCUUUGAACCAUCCAACUAUUGUCAAGAAACACAUACACUUUCCACAUUUGAGAGAUGAAAGAGAUGUUGUUAAAGCCAGGUUUUACAUGAAGUACGGCAUCCCAAAUGUUGUGGGCUGCAUCGACUGUACACACGUGCCCAUUGCCAAGCCUGAUGACGACCAGAAGAGCCACUUCAACAAGUCUUAUCACUCCAAGAAAGUACAAAUUAUCUGCGACAGCGAUCUGACCAUCAUCAGCGUGGACCCAAGUCCAGGCGCGCACUCGCAUCAUGGCGUGCUGUCGCGCCACGCGGUCACCGUCGACCUGAAGAGCCUUAACGACGCCAACGAGCAAUGCUGGCUUCUCGGUAGUGCCUACUACUCGGUAAAACCUUACAUAAUGACACCAAUACCGAAGAUAACAAAGAAAUCUCCAGUGUCACCAGAGAAGCACUACAACACCCUCCAUGCACAAGCGCACACCGCAGUGACGGACGCAAUCAAACACUUGAAAAGCCGAUGGAAAUGUCUCCAGUCCACCUGUAACAAGGCUUACGACCCUCCCAUGGUAUCCAUGAUGAUCGUAGCUUGUUGUAUAUUACACAAUCUCUGCAACAGAAGAGGUUUGCCUUUAUGUCCUAUGACUCAAACAGAGGAACGGUUAGAAGCGAUGAAGCAGAAAGUUGCCAACGGUCCAAUUUCAAAGAAGCUGAACGAUGAUACUGAAGGUGUGAGGGUCAGGGCCCAGCUGAUGGAAAGACUGUGGAACGAGAGACGAGUAGCGCCUGAACUUCCUAAGAAGAGGAUGUCUAAGAAAGAUCGGAUAUUAGAAGCGCACCAGAGCCAGGCGCCGCCGCUGCCCCCGCACCCCGCGCAGAUGGCGCCCCCGCCGCCGCAGGCCGGGCCGCUGCUGGGCAUGGACGACGGCAGCAAGCGGCCGCGCCUGAACAUGCCGGCGCCGCACGCGCACGCGCACACCUACCCCCUCAUGCCCCCCGCCUGGGGCCACUACCCGCCGCACCACUGACGCCGCUGACGCCGGGGACACCGCUCGCUUCUUAGACACCAUUCGUUCCCUUCUCUCGGCUCUGGUAUCUCGGCCCCUACUAAUAAACCGGUUCCCUAAACGCGUAUCGGCGAAACUUACUUAUUUUUAUUCAAUAUCAUAAUGUUUAUUCUGUCAUGUUAUUGAUAUAUUUUUUUUGUGAAAAUACUUCAUUACUUUGUUAUUAUUAUUGCUGCAAAGUUCUAACAGAUACAAAGAAAAAUUCCUUCAAUCCGACUGUACUUUAGCCAAUGUCUGUUGCCUCAACGUGGCUACCAAUCUUACCAACUGAUCCGUAAGAUCUGCUGAGUCGAUCUGUAGCUCACAUUGAGUAUAUAUAACUACAAAUAGAGACGAAAUAAGGGCCACC